GUCGCGUCGUCAGUUGAUCUUCGGCUUCCACUUUGCGAAGUUUGGCAUGGUGAAGUCUCAGUAGAUUUCGUUCCACAAAUUGUCUUCGAACAUACGUAAAACACUGAAACAACCAAUUGAAAAUACAUUUGCACUUUUCCGAUUCAUAUAUUUAUUCACAAAGCUUAUUUGGACAGAUAAUAAGAAGUGCGCAGAGAAUCCGCGAGAUGCGUAAAAUAAUUUUGCUGUUUGCGAUGACCGCAACUAUGGUAGCUGCUUUUGGUGUCGUACCGACGGCUGCUAAGAAACAAAAGGAAGACCGCGGUGCCGUAAAGUCGACAGAUGAAAACGGCAAUGACGUCGACGGCCACGGCGUGGAGACAGCCAACGAAUACGAUAGCCAACGGUUUCCGGUGAUGUACGUAGCGGAUGAGUCCACGGCGAGCACGCCAGAGCCGACAGCAGCGCUGGCUAAGACGUCGACCAAGCAGCCUUCGAACAAAUUGCACAACGCCAAACUUUUGAACAAGCUGGGCAUGAAGAGGGUACGGACCAGUGGUAGUGCGGGUGAUAACGGCGUUGCCAACCAUCACCGAAAACGGUUGGCCAGUCAAUCGAGGAGCAAGUACGCAGCGGACGGUAAAGGCGGUUCGGACUCACAAAUGUUCAUCGUCAAGUUGCCGCCGCAUUCACACUUUUACGACGACGGGUCGGCCGUCCGUCAAAGGUUAGGCCAACCGCAUCAGCAGACGCCGUAUAAGAAUAUGAACACAGUGCCCGUGGGUUUCGUGUCCAAUGGCAAACCGGCCAAGGUGUACCACUGGAACCUGCCGACUAUCAAGCACGCACUCAGCGGUGGCGGCCGUUACAAGGGCGUCAACAACUUGGUCCCGAUGCAGCAUCAGCAACAACAGAUACAACAGCAGAUGCAUCACCUGCAGUACGCCCAAGCCGGCGACUUUGAACUUCCAUCGGCGGCCAGUUCUAAAAUCUUGCCGCGCCGAACACUCUACUACAAGCCUCGGGCGGCCGGUAAACCGGUGAAAAAGUCGUUCGUCAACAACGGCAAGCCCAACGGGUUUUACGUGGUAAGCAGCAAAAACUCGGCCGCAGCUGUGCCACAGUACCACAAGAUCAUCAAGGCGUACUACGGUAGCGGCGACGAUUAAUACGUCCAGAGUCGACUUUCGACGACCACCCGUCGCCCCUAAGUCAUCGAUCGCUAUGCGAGUUGGAGUGCGCACACGGCCGUAACAAGUGUUCAACAAGUUAUACUGGACCGUUUCAAUAAAAUUAACUUGUAUUCUUUUUUAUGUUACGUAUAUAAUUUUGCCAGAAUGUUGUAUUUUGUAAAUAUUGCGACUCGUGACGUAGUUUAGUAUACAUAUGUUAUAAUAAGUACUUAUUUAUUUUAUAUCCAAUCAAACAUCACUAUACAUUUUGUACAUACAUAGCGUAUAUUAACAGUAUUUUAUAUCUCUUUUAAUUAUACAUAUUAUAAUAUAAUACAUCUAUAUUUAUAUAUUAUAUGUUACGCUCAAAUUAUCGUGUAUUAGACUGAACUUACAUAAUACGU